GUUUGGUGGCUUGGUAGUCGGUGCGUGCAUUCGCUUUCGCUUUUCAAGUGUUUUUCUGUUACGUUAUCUCGAUAUUAUUGCUAAUUAACGUACAUUUAUUUGCACUUAUAAUCGUGUUAAACGUAAACACCACUACUAUACGUUUUUCAUCGAUGGAAUUCGCUACCAGAGCUCAAAAGCAUAUGAAUAAGGAACGAGUUUUUGGGAACUGUGUGUUCUUUAGCACGCCUUACAAUGUAACCGAUGAUCAAUAUUUGAAUAAAAUUUCAGUAGGGAAAAAGAAUAACAUUUGCAGAAACUUCGAUCACAUCGUGCCUUAUCAGAAAAUGUAUCAUUGUCCGAAUAACGAAAGUUUUCUUACCGUUCCCGAAUACCCGAGUCCCGAAUACCCGAGUCCCGAUUAAUGAUCAGAGCGUACAAUAGGCCAGCUUCGUAUUAUCAAAAUGGCGCCACAGUUCAUUGCCGAAACGAUCAACGUAGCGGUAACUACACCGUUCCUCAUACAAAUCAAGGGAAUAUCGCUCAUCCUAAUAAUUUACCACCCUGGUAUCAUUGGAAUUCGUCUAACGUGAACGUAAACAAGUACGCGAUGGAAGGUAUGAAUAAACCUGGUAGACAAGUUUUGGCUGCUUGCGACGGUAAUUCUUAAUGCUUGCCUCAAGAUCCGUAUGUAAUGGCUCAACCGGGAAAAUUCGAUCGAUUUUGGCAGAAUGUUUUCAACGCGUUUGAAGAGUUUACUACAACGGUAAUUACGCUGCUUCGGUCAAGGUUCCUAGUUAUCAAGAUGCUCAGUUUGUUAUAUCGAAACUACAUCGUCGUAAAAUCGGAUUCAAAAGGAUCAUGAUAUCGAAUGCUCAUAACGGAAGCGCGCAUAACAUCUCAUUAAUCAGAUCUCAGACGGUAUCUUUAUUACGAGACGUGCCUGGAAAUCAGUUACCGUUGAUUAAAUUCUGGGAAUUUUACAAGAAACGUUAUUUGGUGUCACCUUCUGCGUCAGAUUUGUCGAAAUUGAAAGACGUAUGUACUAUUUCUGCAGAAUUUAUUGGUCGAGCACCAAAGUCAAAAACGACGAUAGAAAAUCCGAAGGGUCACAUUCUAUACAAGAUGGCAGCUGUAUUAGUCCUUCGUUAGUGAACAACUUGGCUCUUUUUAGUCGCGAGCUUGUCGAUUUAUUGAAAACGUUUCCUCAUUGCACCAUGUCUUUCAAUCGAUUCAUUCCCGCCUAUCACCAUCAUUUCGGUCGCCAGUGUCGUGUCGCUGAUUACGGUUACACAAAACUAAUCGAUUUAAUGGACGCUCUUCCGAACGUCGUUCAAGUAAUUGGCGAAGGUAACCGACGUAUGUUGACGCUGGCGCAUGAAGCUCAUAUCCAAGAUUCAACCGCAGUGCAAUUCGACGUACAGCUUUUGAAAGCUCUAUUCGAGUUUAUUCCGAAAACGUUGCAAUGUUGGUCAGCAGGAGCAUUUCGUUGGUUUUGCCAGCUGUUGUUGUACGUCGUACCUCACGAUACGCAGGCGACUGCGUCUCAAAAAUGCUUUUCUCUUUUGCUUCAAGUAGCCAAGGAGUUGAAUUCUAGACAAAAUACGUAUCAUUUGUUGCUCCGUACGAGAUAUGGAUUAUAUGGAAAUCCGAAAAUGAGCGUAAUUCCGAAAAUUGAACAAAAGGCUAAACAAUUCGAAGCAGGCAAACCGUUGAUUGUUAUCGAUCACCAGGCAGCCGGACCAUCCUACGUGCCAACACCGAUUUAUCACGAUAAAGUCACCUACUCGGAUGUCAGCUCAGGGGAUCUGUUUCAGUAUACGGAUAAUAGUUUCCCGUGGCAGAAGUUGUUGAUUUCGCCGCCUCAACAGACCAUCAUCAUCGAUAGAAUACACAGCGGAGCUAAACGAUUCGUCGUAUUAGAUUUCGGAUUCCCGAUUUGUCUUACGGAUAUGUUGGUGCCUCCGUGUUCGGAGCUGUUGUCGUUGUCUAUCGAUAUCUGGACCCAGUCCGAAGAAGCCGAUGGUAGAAGAUUGAUUGUGGCCUCGGAUAUUGGUAGUAAAAUGUUGAUCAUGUCCGAUAUUCAACCACCGCCUAUAUGUCGGUAUUUAAAAAUUACUGCUAUUGGAAGAUACCUACGGUAUGAGCCCCACCAAGUGUAAAAUACCAAUCGGUACGUUUUACGGGCAUUCUUACGUAUUGGCCAGCGAUGGAUAUGCGGAAAAUAAUUCCUAUUUUAGACCGAAUUCAGAUUUAAAUGUUCAGAUGUUAUGUGGAAUGAUGGAAGAUGUGCAAUGUCGAUACGGUUUGGUAUGCUCUACACUGAGGGACCAAUUAACUCCGUUCUUAACGUCUGAAAUUCCGAAUGUCGAUCAUAUGAAUCACUACUUGAACAAAAACAAAUCGAAAAAUACUCCUAAGGAAGUCGAAUCUCAGAAAAUCAACAACUUGUACAAAGACUGUAUUGCUUUCCAACAUCAGAUGAACUUAGUACGUAACGUUAUCAAUCGAAUUAGUAACAAUGCCAGAAUGUAUUCAAUUGGCUGUGCGUUGGCGAAGAUAGCAGAACCCAGAUUUCAACUUGUACAUUACUAGUUCGUUUAUUCGGCGUGCAACCGUGGUGGGGCGAGUUUCUCGUAAAUACUUUCACCCAGCUAUACUCGUAGAAUUACCAAGCUGUGUUCCCGCAAGCUCGGGUGUUCGUUUUACUUUCGUACCUUGGUCGUGAGAGCAUAUUGUCGGGAAGUAAUCAAAAUUGUAUAAUCGAACAUAUUCGUAGCGCUAGCCUGUAUCAAAAGUCGGGUGUUGAGAUGGUCCAGAUGUUUUAGACAUGAAAGAACGCAUCAACAAAGUGGAUAAAUAAGAAACAACGGUGUCACGAAUUACCAAAAAAUUAGAUGGUUACCUUGGUUUCGCCAAUUUUCCAAAUCAAGUUUAUAGAAAAGCGAUCAAGAAAGGAUUCGAGUGCACGCUGAUGGUAGUCGGUCAGAGGUUACAGCGAUGACGAGGUGUUCCCUGCAUUGCCUGGAGGCUUACCGAGAAUCGAGGUGCAAAAUGGUCCAAAUCCUGUUGAUCAUGCGGUCAUGUUUAAUAAUCAGCAUAUCAAGACGAGUAUCAAUUCUACCCAAGUGACACAGGUUUUCUGCAUGUCAGCCAAAGAAGAAAAGUACGAUCGCUGGCUAUCAACGAUCUGUCUGAAAAAAUUCCAGUCUAGGAACUUGAGAAAGUAUUGAAAACGAAGUUCACAAAGUUUGUGUCAUUUCUAAUGAACAGGAAGAACAGAUUACGACUGUAGUCUCCAUACGAAAAUAUAAAGAUCACAAGGUUUUUAAUCAGGUAGAAAACGCCACCCACAAUACGUGAUAUCGAAAGACAGAACGAUGUUGAAAAAUCGGCGGAGAUGCUUACAUCGGAUCUCGACUAGUUGGCUCCAGCGAAUUCAUCAUCUCAAUCAAGUAUGUUUGUUUUCGAAGCAACGCAGGCAAAUAGGCAGCGCCAUGUUGAUCAUUCACUACUGUUGGCGACAAUGUGUAAACUUCCGGAUCAUUGAAAAAUGACAAUAAUUUUUUCUCCAUUUCACAGAUUUAAAAUAAUAAUCAUAUCUAAAUUUCUAGACGAGUUCCCUGUAAUACGAAAUGAGGCAGAUGUGAAAUCUGCGAGCGUCUUACGAGCUAAGCUGAUUUCCUCGUCUCAACAUGAUCGCUUCCAAUUUUCCAAGUGUUCCUAAUGUACAGGUCGGCAAAUAAUAAUCAUCUCCAUCUACCAUUGUAUUUCAUAAACGAACACAAUUUUUCGCAAAAAAAAACCACAAAACAAAUGAACAGAAAUGAACUCCGGUCUCAAGAGCAAAAUACAUACAGCAGAUCAUCAAUUUCUGAAUAAUUUUCAAUGGUGAACUUUAACGAAUUUGGUCGCUUAUAUGUAUAAAGUGCGAAUAAGAAGAAAACUAUGAUACAAAUGGCGGCGCGAAUUCUAGCAUACAGAUGACUUCCGUUUACGAAUGAAAGCUCGUGCGUAUCGAACGCAACGUGCUCUGGAGCACCGAUGUUGCCAGCUUAUUCAAUCGGCUGGAUGUGCGACCACGUUUUAAAUUCCAAAUUACCGCGUGAUUAGUUUUACCUAUUAAAUUAACCGACUUUUAUUUUUUAACGAGUGAAACUUACUAUAAUGGUUGGAUUGUUUUUCUAGAGCUCAAAAGCAUAUGAAUAAAGAACGAGUUUUUGGGAACUGUGUGUUCUUUAGCACGCCUUACAAUGUAACCGAUGAUCAAUAUUUGAAUAAAAUUUCAGUAGGGAAAAAGAAUAACAUUUGCAGAAACUUCGAUCACAUUGUGCCUUACCAGAAAAUGUAUCAUUGUCCGAAUAACGAAAGUUUUCUUACCGUUCCCGAAUACCCGAUUAAUGACCAGAGCGUACAAUAGGCCAGCUUCGUAUUAUCAAAAUGGCGCCACAGUUCAUUGCCGAAACGAUCAACGUAGCGGUAACUACACCAUUCCUCAUACUUACAAAUCAAGGGAAUAUCGCUCAUCCUAAUAAUUUACCACCCUGGUAUCAUUGGAAUUCGUCUAACAAGUACGCGAUGGAAGGUAUGAAUAAACUUGGUAGACAAGUUUUGGCUGCUUGCGACGGUAAUUCUUAAUGCUUGCCUCAAGAUCCGUAUGUAAUGGCUCAACCGGGAAAAUUCGAUCGAUUUUGGCAGAAUGAUAGUAAUUUGAUGACAGGUGCGCAGUGUCAGCAGCCAAAUUCGUAUACCGAAAUGCAAAACAAUGGUUUACGGGUUUACCUCAGAUAACGAUAUUGAAAAGGAAUGGAGCUGUACCUGUUAAUCCGUUGGAUAUGAAUAAGAGAUAUUUUCAUCCUAUUUGUACGAAUCAAGCUACGAUCAAUCAAAGCUACUCAAACAAAUGGACGGUUGAAUUACAUAUAACGAACUUGGAUCAAUGCAUGGAUACUGCGGAGUUACAUAAAUGUCUUUUAAACGCGUUUGAAGAGUUUACUACAGUCUUGAAUUUAUCGGUUUACGUACAAUCGGACGGUAAUUACGCUGCAAGGGGCCAGUGGAUUUGUGAUAUGGAAGUAUCUGUUGAAACGCGACGAUCCUACUCCGGCUACUUGGACUGAAGGAGGAAAACAAUUGAUAGAACAGCUUGGAUUGAAAAUGAUUGUAAGCGGCGCUGCAACAAUUUGAGUAUAAAAGUAUUUGCUGCAGUUGUUUUUUUAAAGAAGAAAACAGAGUUACGCUGUCAAAAUGUUUGUUUUAUUUCCUGCAUUUUUGUUAUCUGUACAUAUAUGAAAAAACAAAAAAAAAAUACACGUUUGAACAAGGUA